AUGAAGCUAUGGAGGGCACGCAAAGUUGCCCAUGAAUGGAAUGAAGGUAAUCAUGCAGAUUCUUAUGCAAUGUUACCUAGCUAUGCAAGGCUGGUUGUGCAAACAAAUCCUUGUAGCAUGUUCAUACUUCAAUAUGAGGACAGACCAGUGGAUAUGUCAACUAAUCCAGUCUUCAAGAGAUGUUUUGUAUGUUACAAGGCAUGUAGAGAUGGUUUUGUGAAUGGUUGUAGAAAGUUUGUUGGACUUGAUGGCUGCCAUCUUAAGGGCAGAUUUGGAGGGGUGUUGUUAUCAGCUGUAGCAGUUGAUGGGAAUAACUCUAUAUUCCCACUUGCAUUUGGAGUGGUGGAAAUUGAAAACAAAUCCAGUUGGAGGGUUUUUUUGGAUUGUUUACAUGAUGCUCUAGGGGAUGCAAGUGAUGACAACACAUUGACUUUUAUGUCAGAUAACCAGAAGGGAUUGACAGAGAUUAUUGGUGACCUCUUCCCGUAUUCUAAUAUUAGAUGUUGUAGUAGACAUCUAUACCAGAACUUCAAGGCAAAGUUCCCUGGAUCUAUAUUGAGAAGAUAUUAUUGGGCAGCUUCUGAAGCAUCUACUUUGGUUAUAUUUCAAAAGGCAAUGGAUACCAUUAAAUCCAUUGACAAUGCAGCCUAUGAGUGGUUGAAUAGGAAACCACAUACGUUGUGGUCUAGGCAUGCAUUUGAUUUAAGAUGUAAGAAUGAUUCUAUUACAAACAUUGUCACUGAGAGUUUUAACAGUUGGGUUGGAUAUUUGAGAAGCAAGCCAAUAUUGAGUUUACUUGACUCCAUCAGGAUUAAGGUGAUGGAGAGGUUAUACAAUAGGUAUCAAAAGGGUUGCACAUAUGAAAGUAUGAUCACCCCUAAGGUGUUGCACAAAUUAGCAACUAUUAAAGAACAGUCCAGACAUUGUCAUGUCUAUGCAUCUUCUCCUUAUGAAUUUGAAGUUGCAGAAAACUUUGUGAGAAAGUUUGUGGUUGAUUUGAAAAAGAGUUGUACAUGUAGAGUAUGGGAGUGUAUUGGGGUGCCAUGUAAGCAUGCAGCUGCAGCAAUCUCAUACAAGAGACAGAUUGUUGAAGAUUACUGUGAUGGAUGUUACAGUAAGCAGAGGUACUUGGUGACAUAUGCGAAUAUGAUCCAUCCCCUCCUAGAUAUACAAGAUUUGAGUAAAGAAGGUCCACAAGGUGUUGUGCAGCCUCCAAAAUUGAAGAGAUUACCAGGUAGACCUCAUAAGAACAGGAGGAAGGAACCUGGUGAGGGAGCUCCAACAGAUUUUAGAAAGAGAAGUAGGACUGUGAGAUGUGAAAAGUGUAAAGAACUUGGACAUAACAAGAUGAAGUGUGAGAGAGCUCCAGUUAAGGAGAAGGGGGCAUCUUCUUCUAAUACUUCAAGGCCUAGAAAGGUUGUAUAUGGGUCUUCAAACAAUGUCAUGUGUUUUGAAGUUUUUGUACUUUGUGGAAGUAGGUUGAUUGGAACAAUUUAA